GCCACCACCAGCCCGGGCUCCGCCAUCGCCGCGGCGUAGCGCUUCGCGGCGUCGAUGGCUCCGAAUCCCAGCGCCAGCUUCGAGACCAGCGAAGGCACCUUCGUGGCCGAGAUCUUUCUGGACAGGGUGCCUGUGACCGCCUCGAACUUCAUCGACCUGGCGCAGGGGGGGUUCUUCGAUGGGCUCCACUUCCACCGGGUGAUCCCGGACUUCAUGGUGCAGUUUGGGUGCCCCUUCGCCAAAGAUCCCUACAGCAAAGCCGCCGGCAGCGGCGGUCCUGCAGCAGGGAACUUCCAGAACCUCUGCACGGGCGCCACUGAAAGGCGCAAGGAGGGAAAUAUCGAGGACGAGUUCUGCUCGCAAGACAGCAACGCGCCUGGAACCUUGGCUAUGGCGAAUUGUGGGCAGCCCAACACAGGCGGUUCCCAGUUCUUUGUGAACGUGGCCGACAACAGCUUCCUGGAUUGGUUUUCUGCAGGCAACUCCAAGCACCCGGUCUUCGGCCGCAUCGUGAGCGGCUUUGACGUGGCCGUCAAAAUCUCCAAGGCGACGACGAAGGAUGACCGCCCCGUCCAGCCGAUCAAGAUGCUCUCAGUGAAGGUGUCAGGCUUUGAGUCACCCCGCGCGCAAAAAAGUGGCUACGGCUAGCAGGAUUCACGGAUGGCUUCCACUGCCUCGGAGA